UCUGCUGCUGUGCUGCGGGGUGCUGCUACUUUAACUCGCAUUGGCCCAUCAAUGCUGUGCCAUUAUCGCUGGCUCUGUUAGUUCAUCGCUUAAUUUUGCAGUGAAAUGUUCGAUCCGACGGAUCAUCAACACCGCCGUUACAACCCACUGAACGGGCAGUGGGUGCUGGUGAGUCCACAUCGUAUGAAGCGGCCCUGGUCCGGGCAGGAGGAACACCCACAGUCGGCCAAUCUUCCCGAGUUUGAUCCAACCAACCCGCUUUGUCCGGGGGUAACCCGUCCCAAUGGAAUCAGAAAUCCCAUCUACGGGUCGACGUUUGUGUUUACGAACGAUUUUCCGGCCCUGUUGGAACAGGUGCCGGAGCCACCGGCAAGCGACGAUCCACUGUUUCAGAUAGCACCGGCCCAGGGUACCUGCCGCGUAAUGUGUUUCCAUCCGAAGUCGAACAAAACGCUGCCCCUCAUGACGCCGAAGGAGAUCCGGAACGUAAUUGAUGCGUGGAUCGCGGAGUUUCGCUCUCUGGCAGAACGGUACUGCUGGGUGCAGAUCUUCGAAAACAAGGGCGCUACGAUGGGAUGUUCGAAUCCGCAUCCGCACUGUCAGAUAUGGGCCUGCUCGUUCUUACCGAACGAACCGCAGAUUAAGGAUGGCAUGCUGCGGCAAUACUACGCCAAGCACGGGACACCCUUGCUGGAUGAUUACGUGGAGCGAGAAUUGGUGAAGCGGGAGCGCAUCGUAAUCGAAAACCCGGACUGGCUCGUGGUUGUUCCGUUCUGGGCUGUGUGGCCAUUCGAGACGAUGCUGAUUUCGCGCAAUUCCAACAAGCGUAUCUCCGAUCUAACGAUGACGCAGAUCAACAAUCUAGCGAUCGUGAUCAAGGAGCUGACCACCAAGUAUGACAAUCUCUUCAAGUGUUCGUUUCCGUACAGCAUGGGCUGGCAUGGUGCGCCCACAGCAGAACUGGCGAAGGAUGCAACGAGUGACCAACACUGGACGCUACAUGCGAUUUACUAUCCACCUCUGCUCCGGUCAGCUACGGUGCGAAAGUUUAUGGUGGGCUUUGAGUUGCUGUGUCAGUCACAGCGUGAUUUGACGGCUGAACAGGCUGCCGACAGGCUUCGGGGACUCUCCGGCAAACGGCACUACAGUGACCAGCUUUGAAUAAUGGCGCGGAUGGGUUGGCUAUCUAAUCUAAGCACGGUCAUAUCUAUCGUAUUGGGACAGAUAGGCUUAGAUAAGGGUUUAGGGGACGUACUCCAGUGAACGUGAAUAAAGUGAACCUUUCGAUGUUUCAAGUA